AUGGAAACCCAUGCACUUAAGAGCGAGCGACCAGCUCUUGGGUCGGCUAGAAUUCAGUUUCUGGUCGCCUCCAUUAAUAAAUCGUUUUCCAAUUAUAAUAGAAAGGCUAAUAGCUCCUCCUCCACGAUUCGGAAGCUGGCCUCGCACAUGGAUUCCUUCUCCGAAGCCGGAAACGCCCACUUCAACGCGAACAGUGGCACCUUCACCUCCGUUCGAGACGCCUCACAUCGGAGUCGAACUGAGUUCCCGAGCAUCUCCUUCGCCUCCCAGGAUCGCGCGAACGGGCAUGGGAUGCAUAGCGGUCGGGGCCAUCCAAAUUCCGAAAAACCCCCGUCCCUUUCCGUGCAUCUCGAUCAUCGCCCGCAUGAAGGGCUGUCCAUUAUGAACAAAAUGCGCAGCGGCACGUAUUGGGAAGAACGGGAGCUCUAUGCCUCCUGCGAGGAGCUCUGCUCCUUUCUGAACGGCGGCAUCAACUACCGACUGCUGUUUUAUCAAACGCAGGAGAACCUCACCCGGCUGGUGCGCGCGCUUCAGGCCGAGAUGGCAUUUUUCACGGAGCAGCUUUCCGCGAUGGAUACGGUGGAGCGGCUGGCGGGGUCGUUUGGGAAGCUGCUUUUAGAAACCGUGCAACUCCUCCGCGCGCAUCAAAUCGAACUCCCGGAGGGGAUCGCGCGGAAGGUGGCGGUGUUAACCGCCACCUCGUCCUCGUCCUCGCCCCUCCAUGAUGGCAAGAAGGAUCUCGUCGGGGGGGGCGCGCGACGGCGAAAUGACGGCGUCGGGAAGAAUCCACUCCCCCCGUUAUCGGGGGGUGGGGUGCACGUGUUUGCCCCUCUCGUCAAUACCGCCCUCAGCCACCCCCCGAUCUCCGCGCGGACGAUGAAACCCCCAGAGAGUUUGUGGUUUCUUCAGGGAAUGACCGGAGGGGGGAAGGGAUCCGCCGGGCGGGAUCCGAACCCGGGGAAUGGCGAUUCCGGGCGAGGCGCAGGGCCGGCGAAUGGAGGGGGGAAGCGGUUAUCCCGCGAUGGCGAUCCGGCGCGGUUAAUCAACCCCACCUCCGGGGAGGGCGCUUCCCACUCGUUGUUGAAUUCCAAACGCGCGCAAAGUCCGCUCCUCCUCCUCGAGACGAACCUCUCUUCAAGCAGGGACACGAAAUCCUUCAGCAACCAGCGGGAUUCUCUUAUCGACUUUGUGACCGAGAUCGAGUCGCCGAUGGAUGCGCGAGAGGGGACGCAUACGAAUUCCUCCGCCGUGCGGGUGGAUUCAGGCCUGCGGCGCUCCUCCAACCACCAAUUUUCCAAAUCCAAGGCCGGCGAUCGGCGAGCGAAAUCACAUACCUCCCUUCACUUUGUUUCGAGUAAUCCAAAGCUUAAAAAAAACCUCUUUUCGGAGCUUCAGAAUGAGAAUCUCAAAGGUAGCAACGAAAAGGGCGAAAAAGAUGAAAAGAAGGCCAACGAUAAACUUGUCGAGCUCUAUCGAGAUCAUUUUUUCCGUCUUCAGAUGCUCUAUGGUGAGAGCUACAGAAAUAAUGGCAUGCAGCUCCUUCUUGACACCCUAUCGCUGAUCUUCGGGCAUGAGUAUGAUAAGAGCCAAACCAGGGAUCGGCUCGCGCUUAAAAACGACUUUUGCCGUUUUAAAGCCGACCUCCUCGCGUGUUUCACGCGGACGAUGAAGAGCUACGACAGCUUUGCCUCCAUCACCGCGCGGCCGUCGUCGUUGCGCAGUAUGUAUCUCACGUGUUGCCUUUCCCAGCACGUCAAACCCCAGCCGCGGGUGUUGGAGGCGCUGAACGAAUGUGGGGAUCGCGAACUCACGAAGCUUUUGCUCCCCCGGGUUCCUUUGAUGGACCGCGGGAUGGGCGCGGUGGCGGGGCUGCUUCCCCGCAUGACGCGUCUUCGUCAUCUGGAUUUAAGCUGCAAUCAGCUGAGUAAUGGAUCGGUGCAGCUCCUCAGCCACGCCCUACGGUAUCAUCCCACCCUGGAGGUGGUGAAUCUUUCACAGAAUUUUUUCACCGACGCGUGUUUGGAGGAUUUGUUGGUGAUCGUUCAGAGCAUCCCCCACCUCCGCACCCUCGAGCUCAGCGCCUGUCAGCUUUCACGGGAAGGGAAGCAGAUGGUGGAAUCGGAGUUGGUUCGACUCAAGACGUCUGCGAUGGUGGAAAGCAACCUGUAUAGCCUCACGGACGGACAAAAUUGCGCGCAGGCGUGCUCGGCAACGCUUUCCGAUCGUCGGAGCACCACCACGACGCUUCCAAAUCUCACGGAUGGCCAUGAGUCCAGGCAGGGCGAGGAAGCCCAACUUCAGUCAUAG